AUGCCUGUACUUGGGGUUGCCUCAAAACUGAGGCAGCCAGCUGUUGGGUCAAAGCCUGUUCAUACUGCUCUUCCGAUACCAAAUCUUGGCACUACUGGGUCACAGCCCUAUUCUUCAAGACCUUUGGAACUUACUGAAACAGAGAGCUCAAUGCUUUCUUGUCAGCUCACAUUAAAAUCAACCUGUGAAUUUGGAGAGAAGAAACCCCUCCAAGAAAAAGCUAAAGAGACAGAAGACAGUAAGAUUUACACUGACUGGGCCAACCACUACCUAGCAAAAUCGGGCCACAAGCGGUUGAUCAAGGAUUUGCAACAAGACAUUGCAGAUGGAGUACUGCUAGCCGAAAUCAUCCAGAUCAUUGCAAAUGAAAAAGUUGAAGAUAUCAAUGGAUGUCCUAGGAGUCAAUCUCAAAUGAUUGAAAAUGUUGAUGUCUGCCUUAGUUUUCUAGCAGCCAGAGGAGUAAAUGUUCAAGGUCUAUCUGCUGAAGAAAUAAGAAAUGGAAACUUAAAAGCCAUUCUAGGGCUGUUUUUCAGUUUGUCUCGCUACAAGCAGCAACAGCACCAUCAGCAGCAGUAUUACCAGUCCUUGGCCGAACUUCAGCAGCGAGUCAGCCAGGCCUCCUCUCAGGCAGAAGAGAGUCAGGCCAAAGCCCAACAAGAUAUGCAGUCCAGUCUGGCAGCCAGAUAUGCAACUCAGUCUAAUCACAGUGGAAUUGCAACCAGUCAAAAAAAGCCUACUCGGCUUCCAGGUCCCUCUAGGGUGCCAGCUGCAGGCAGCAGCAGCAAGGUCCAAGGAGCCUCUAAUUUAAAUAGGAGAAGUCAGAGCUUUAACAGCAUUGACAAAAACAAGCCUCCAAAUUAUGCAAAUGGCAAUGAAAAAGAUGCCUCCAAAGGGCCUCAACCAUCUUCAGGUGUAAAUGGGAACCCGCAGCCCCCUGGCACUGCUGGGCAGCCCCCUGCCUCUGCCAUCCCUUCUCCGAGCGCCUGCAAGCCCUGGCGCAGCAAGUCCAUGAAUGUCAAGCACAGCGCCACCUCCACCAUGCUGGCGGUAAAGCAGCCCAGCCCGGCCACCUCCCCGACCCCCGCUGCCGACAGACUGAAGCCCCCUGUCUCAGAGGGGGUCAAAACAAUUUCCUCGGGACAGAAAUCCAUGCUUGAAAAAUUCAAGCUGGUCAACGCCCGGACUGCUUUACGCCCCCCCCAGUCCUCCAGUUCAGGCCCCAGUGAUGGUGGGAAGGAUGACGAUGCCUUCUCUGAGUCUGGUGACACGGAAGGUUUUAACAGUGGUCUGAAUAGUGGUGGCUCAACCAGUAGCAGCCCCAAAGCGUCACCUAAACUAGCCCCUCCGAAGGCUGGAAGCAAAAAUCUCAGCAAUAAAAAGUCUUUGCUGCAGCCAAAGGACAAAGAGGAGAAGAACAGGGACAAAAACAAAGUUUGCACUGAAAAACCAGUCAAGGAUGAGAAGGAUCAGGUGACAGAGACGGCUCCAAAGAAGACCUCAAAAAUUGCGAGCUUGAUCCCAAAGGGUAGCAAGAUGACAGCGGCCAAGAAAGAGAGCUUAAUCCCCUCCUCCAGUGGCAUUCCGAAACCAGGCUCCAAGGUGCCCACGGCGAAGCCAACCGUUUCGCCCGGCAGUGCUGUGAGCAAGGAGUCGGAGAAGUUCAGGACUACCAAGGGGGGCCCUCCCCAGGGCUCCCCCAAGCCCAGCGCCGAGAAGGCCAGCGCCCCCGGCUGCCCGGCGCCCCCCGAGGGCAGGGACAGCAGCGCGGCCCCCCCGCGGGCGGAGGCGCCGUCCAGCUCCCGCAGCAGCAGCAGCAAGCAGCAGCAGCAGCAGCAGCAGCACAGCCACCCCAACACGGCCACCGUGGCGCCGUUCAUCUACAGAUCACAUUCAGAAAAUGAAGGUACCUCUUUAUCAUCUGCUGACUCCUGUACCAGUCCUACUAAGAUGGACUUAUCAUAUAAUAAAACUGCUAAGCAGUGCCUAGAGGAGAUAUCUGGUGAAGAUCCUGAAACAAGAAGAAUGAGAACAGUUAAAAACAUAGCAGAUUUGAGGCAGAAUUUAGAGGAGACUAUGUCCAGUCUUCGUGGGACCCAGAUAAGCCACAGCACCCUGGAGACAACAUUUGACAGCACUGUGACAACAGAAGUGAAUGGAAGAACCAUACCCAACCUGACAGGCCGACCCACUCCCAUGACCUGGAGGCUGGGUCAGGCAUGUCCUCGACUUCAGGCUGGAGAUGCUCCCUCCCUGGGGGCUGGCUACCCUCGCAGUGGCACCGGCCGAUUCAUCCACACGGACCCCUCGAGGUUCAUGUACACGACGCCUCUCCGUCGAGCAGCUGUCUCUCGGCUGGGAAAUCUAUCACAAAUUGACAUGAGUGAGAAAGCAAGCAGUGACCUGGACAUGUCUUCUGAAGUUGACGUUGGUGGAUAUAUGAGUGAUGGUGACAUCCUUGGGAAAAGUCUCCGGGCUGAUGACAUCAACAGUGGGUACAUGACAGAUGGAGGGCUCAACCUGUAUACUAGAAGUCUGAACCGAAUACCAGACACAGCCACUUCCCGGGAUGUCAUCCAGAGAGGAGUUCAUGAUGUGACAGUGGAUGCAGACAGCUGGGAUGACAGCAGCUCUGUGAGCAGUGGUCUCAGUGACACCCUGGAUAACAUCAGCACUGACGACUUGAAUACCACGUCCUCCGUCAGCUCUUACUCUAACAUCACUGUCCCCUCCAGGAAAAACACCCAGCUCAAGACAGAUUCGGAGAAACGUUCUACAACAGAUGAGACAUGGGAUACUACUGAGGAGCUGAAAAAACCGGAAGAGGACUUUGACAGCCAUGGGGAUAGUGGUGGCAAAUGGAAGGGUGUUUCCUCAGGCCUUCCUGAAGACCCCGAGAAGACGGGACAGAAAGCGUCCCUGUCCAUCUCACAGACGGGGUCCUGGAGAAGAGGCAUGUCUGCCCAAGGAGGAGCGCCAUCCAGGCAGAAAGCUGGCACAAGUGCACUCAAGACCCCUGGGAAAACCGAUGAUGCCAAAGCUUCUGAGAAAGGCAAAACUCCUCUAAAAGGAUCAUCUCUACAGAGGUCUCCUUCAGAUGCAGGAAAAAGCAGUGGAGAUGAGGGGAAAAAGCCCCCUUCGGGCAUUGGAAGGUCAGCUGCUCCUGGCUCUUUCGGAUUUAAGAAACCAAGUGGAGUAGGGUCGUCUACUAUGAUCACAAGCAGUGGAGCCACAAUAACAAGUGGAUCAGCAACCCUGGGUAAAAUCCCCAAAUCUGCUGCCAUUGGUGGGAAGUCAAAUGCAGGGAGAAAAACCAGUCUGGACGGUUCACAGAAUCAGGAUGAUGGUGUGCUGCAUGUGAGCUCAAAGACUUCCCUACAGUACCGCAGCUUGCCCCGCCCUUCAAAAUCGAGCACGAGUGGCAUCCCCGGCCGAGGUGGACACAGGUCCAGCACCAGCAGUAUUGAUUCCAAUGUCAGCAGCAAGUCAGCCGGGGCCUCCACCUCGAAACUCAGAGAACCUACUAAGAUUGGGUCAGGGCGCUCGAGUCCUGUUACUGUCAACCAAACAGACAAGGAAAAGGAAAAAGUAGCAGUCUCAGAUUCAGAGAGUGUCUCUUUGUCAGGUUCCCCCAAAUCCAGCCCUACCUCUGCCAGUGCCUGUGGGACGCAAGGGCUCAGGCAGCCAGGAUCCAAGUAUCCUGACAUUGCCUCACCUACGUUUCGAAGGUUGUUUGGUGCCAAGGCAGGUGGCAAAUCUGCCUCUGCACCUAAUACUGAGGGUGUGAAAUCCUCCUCAGUAAUGCCCAGUCCUAGUACCACAUUAGCGCGGCAAGGCAGUCUGGAGUCACCGUCGUCUGGUACGGGCAGCAUGGGCAGUGCUGGUGGGCUGAGUGGCAGCAGCAGCCCUCUCUUCAAUAAACCCUCAGACUUAACUACAGAUGUUAUAAGCUUAAGUCACUCGUUGGCCUCCAGCCCAGCAUCGGUUCACUCUUUCACCUCAGGUGGUCUCGUGUGGGCUGCCAAUCUGAGCAGUUCCUCUGCUGGCAGCAAGGACACUCCGAGUUACCAGUCCCUGACUAGCCUCCAUACGAGCUCUGAGUCCAUUGACCUCCCCCUCAGCCACCAUGGCUCCCUGUCUGGACUGACCACAGGCACUCACGAGGUGCAGAGCCUGCUCAUGAGAACGGGUAGUGUGAGAUCUACUCUCUCAGAAAGCAUGCAGCUUGCCAGAAAUACACUACCCAAAAAGGGACUAAGAUACACCCCAUCAUCUCGGCAGGCCAACCAAGAAGAGGGCAAAGAGUGGCUGCGCUCCCAUUCCACUGGAGGGCUGCAGGAUGCUGGCAACCAGUCCCCUCUGCUCUCCCCUUCUGCUAUGUCAUCUUCUGCAACAGGAAAAUACCACUUUUCCAACCUGGUGAGCCCAACCAAUCUGUCUCAAUUUAACCUUCCUGGGCCCAGCAUGAUGCGCUCCAACAGCAUCCCAGCCCAAGACUCUUCCUUCGAUCUCUACGACGACUCCCAGCUCUGUGGCAGUGCCACGUCUCUGGAAGAAAGGCCACGUGCCAUCAGUCAUUCAGGCUCCUUCCGAGACAGCAUGGAAGAAGUUCACGGCUCUUCAUUAUCACUGGUCUCCAGCACGUCUUCCCUUUACUCGACAGCUGAAGAAAAGGCUCAUUCAGAGCAAAUCCACAAACUGCGGCGAGAGCUGGUUGCGUCACAAGAAAAAGUUGCUACCCUCACAUCUCAACUCUCAGCAAACGCUCACCUCGUAGCAGCUUUUGAAAAGAGCUUAGGGAAUAUGACUGGCCGGCUGCAGAGUCUAACCAUGACAGCAGAACAGAAGGAGUCUGAACUUAUAGAACUAAGAGAAACCAUUGAAAUGCUGAAGGCCCAGAACUCUGCUGCCCAGGCAGCUAUUCAGGGAGCCCUGAACGGUCCAGACCACCCUCCCAAAGAUCUCCGCAUCAGAAGACAGCAUUCUUCUGAGAGUGUUUCUAGUAUCAACAGCGCCACAAGCCAUUCCAGCAUUGGUAGUGGUAAUGAUGCUGACUCCAAGAAAAAGAAAAAGAAAAACUGGGUGAACUCUAGAGGAAGUGAGCUGAGAAGCUCAUUCAAGCAAGCCUUUGGGAAGAAAAAGUCCACCAAGCCUCCUUCCUCACAUUCAGACAUUGAAGAGCUUACUGACUCCUCCCUGCCAGCGUCCCCAAAAGUGCCCCAUGGUGCGGGUGACUGCGGCUCCGCAUCCAUGAAGCCCUCACAGUCGGCCUCAGCGAUCUGUGAAUGCACAGAGGCUGAGGCCGAGAUCAUUCUGCAGCUGAAGAGUGAGCUCAGAGAAAAGGAAUUAAAAUUAACAGAUAUUCGACUGGAGGCCCUCAGCUCUGCUCAUCAUCUUGACCAGAUCCGGGAAGCCAUGAACCGGAUGCAGAAUGAAAUUGAAAUGCUGAAGGCAGAAAAUGACCGGUUGAAAGCAGAAACUGGUAACACAGCUAAGCCUGCUCGCCCACCAUCAGAGUCCUCAAGUAGCACAUCCUCCUCAUCUUCACGGCAGUCGUUAGGACUUUCUCUAAACAAUCUGAACAUCACAGAAUCUGUUACCUCAGAUAUCUUGCUGGAUGAUGCUAGUGAUGGAACUGGACACAAAGACGGCCGCAGUGUAAAAAUUAUAGUCUCCAUAAGCAAGGGCUACAGCCGAGCAAAGGAUCAGAAGUCUCAGGCAUAUUUGAUAGGAUCCAUUGGUGUUAGUGGAAAAACCAAGUGGGAUGUCUUAGAUGGUGUAAUUAGACGUCUCUUUAAGGAAUAUGUGUUCCGAAUUGAUACAUCCACUAGCCUUGGUCUGAGCUCUGACUGCAUUGCUAGCUACUGUAUAGGAGAUUUAAUUAGAUCCCAUAGCCUAGAAGUGCCUGAACUGCUGCCUUGUGGAUACCUUGUUGGAGAUAAUAACAUCAUUACUGUGAACCUGAAAGGAGUAGAAGAAAACAGUUUGGACAGUUUUGUUUUUGAUACACUGAUUCCUAAACCAAUUACCCAAAGGUACUUUAACUUGUUGAUGGAGCAUCACAGAAUUAUACUCUCAGGACCUAGUGGUACUGGAAAGACCUAUUUAGCAAACAAACUUGCUGAAUAUGUAAUAACCAAAUCUGGGAGGAAAAAAACAGAAGAUGCAAUUGCCACUUUUAAUGUGGACCACAAGUCAAGUAAGGAGUUGCAACAGUAUCUAGCUAACCUGGCUGAACAGUGCAGUGCUGAUAAUAAUGGUGUAGAACUCCCUGUUGUAAUAAUUCUUGAUAAUCUUCAUCAUGUGGGCUCUUUGAGUGAUAUCUUCAAUGGCUUUCUCAACUGUAAAUACAACAAAUGUCCAUAUAUUAUUGGAACAAUGAAUCAGGGAGUUUCUUCAUCACCAAAUCUAGAGCUGCAUCACAAUUUCAGGUGGGUGCUCUGCGCAAACCACACAGAACCAGUGAAAGGAUUUUUAGGCAGAUAUCUUCGAAGGAAACUGAUAGAGAUGGAAAUAGAAAGGAAUAUACGCAAUAAUGACUUAGUAAAAAUUAUAGAUUGGAUUCCUAAGACAUGGCAUCAUCUCAACAGUUUUUUGGAAACACACAGUUCUUCUGAUGUUACCAUUGGUCCCCGACUUUUCCUUCCUUGCCCUAUGGAUGUGGAAGGUUCUAGAGUAUGGUUCAUGGACCUCUGGAACUAUUCUUUGGUACCUUACAUUCUAGAAGCAGUGAGAGAAGGUCUUCAGAUGUAUGGGAAACGGGCACCUUGGGAAGACCCCUCAAAGUGGGUGCUUGACACAUACCCAUGGAGUUCAGCAUCUCUGCCUCAGGAUGGUCCAGCGUUACUUCAGUUGCGACCAGAAGAUGUUGGGUAUGAGGGCUGCAUAUCCACUAAGGAAGCCACAACCUCAAAGCACAUUCCACAAAAUGACACAGAAGGGGAUCCUCUGAUGAAUAUGCUAAUGAAGCUCCAAGAAGCAGCCAACUACUCGGGCACCCAAAGCUGUGACAGCGAUAGCACCAGCCACCAUGAAGACAUUUUGGAUUCGUCCCUGGAAUCUACCCUCUAAAGGGUGAACAAAGUUAGGGGAAAAGACUGACGCUCUUUCCAAAGGCCUGAGAGGCAAGGUAUUGUCCCUACACCACUGCCAGUACGAAAGUGCCCUGUCGAGGGCCCUGCCCCAGAGCUGUGGUCUCCCAGGAGGCAGCAGGAGGAAGCCUGAACCGCCAAGAUGCUCGACGGAAAUGGAAGCUUAACUUUAUUUUAUUUCUAGGCGUUUUUAUAUCUGUGGGGCCCUGCACGGCUCCAUUACUCAACCGGGAAGGACCCUCAUGACAGGGCGACGGAAUGGAGUGCACGUGGGAUAGCCAGACUGGACUUUAUUUUGUCCCUCUUUAAAAGUUUACAAUGCAGCCCUUCUGUCAUCCCUUCCAUUUGUUCCUCGAGGGGCCCUUCUCACCCCCCACCCCCAAGCAGGGCCCCUGCUUCCCCGUCCAAGCCUCCUUUGUGCCACACGGUGCUGGUCACAGGGCCCCAGUGGGAUCUGUGUCGUGCGCUCACCCCAUUCCAAAACGAAGCCAAGAGGCCAGUCCUCCGUAAGCACAGCCGGAAUUGUGCAACCACCAGGAAAACACUACUAUGGCAAGCUGGAGUCGUGCCAGUGUCAUUCUUAACUGCCACGUUCGCAUGAUGUGCUCCACCACCUUCCUCGUCUAUGAGUCACAGGUUUUAUAAGGUUGUUUUUACCACAGUGGUCUUUUGAAACCACCGGCCCACUCCCCGAACAAGAGUUUUAUACCAAUUAUUAGUCAACACUGACAAAAGGCUUUCUUAGGGCUUUACUCGUUUGAGCCUUUUCAGUGAAAGAAGGAACAUUUCCUAUGGUGCUGUCUCACUGCCUUAAAACAGAUUUCUACAACAGUUUAACAGUUGGUUUAAAUCCUAAACCGUCGGUGAUUUCCACUGUCUUUUCAUUUAUAACCAAGCAACACCAGUUCACACAGUAGCCUCUCAUCUCUAUAUAUCUGUUUUGGGUCUUUUUUUGGUUUGGUUGUUUUGGGUUGGUUUGUUUUGUUUUUGUUUUGUUUUUUUUUUUUCCAGAAGAAUUGGAUAGGAGAAAAAUCAGUAUUUUUCUGCCCUUGAGAAUCAGUUGCCUGUCCUCCAAAGUGUCCAAGUAACCCAGAAACCCUCUUUGACCGUCACUUAAAAGCUAAGACAUGUGGCUAAAUUCCAUCCAGUUCUAGGCAAAUGGCGUUUUAGAAGGAGGGAGAUUUGGAAAUCUCAUCCCGCAGAGCUGGAAGCACUAGAUGCAACACGGACACAACUAUUUGGCUUUCCUCCCCUAUUCUUUUUGUGAUUAUGAUUCCUGUUACUAUUAGUUUGGAGCAUGUUGUUUUGAUUGCUAUCGUUGUACAUGAGAAAUUCAGCAUUAAAGAACACUGAAGCAGUGAAGUCACUGUGGAAGAGGAAGCGCUUAUACUGUAAGAGAAGGUUAGAUUUGCACAGUCUACUGGGUAGGUAUUGUAAAUAAUAAUUUUAAAAACUUGCACAAAUCAAAACAAACACACGCACACAAAAAAUGUAUUUUAAUCCUGUCGGUGUUAAGAGGUGUUUCACUUGCUGAGAUUUCCUGUACAUUGCAAACAAAUACAGAAUGCAGACCCUCCAAGCUGUUAUUAUCUGAUGUGUUUGUCCUGUAUUUACAGUUGUCAUGACUAUGCAGGAGCUAUCAGUGCUAGAGUGAGCAUGCUUCAAAACUGUUCAUGAAGCCGAUACAUUCUUGGAAAAGUAAAAAAAAAAAAAAAAGUCUGAAAGUGCAUCUGUUGUGGCAGGCUUUAAAGAGAGUGCAUGAAAACUGAUGGGAAUCAUUGGAGAAGUUACCAUCACUCACAGAGGACGGGUUUUGAGUUUUUAGAACCGAAGGGCUAGGCCAUGGUGUAGACGUGUUCUAAGCGUGUGAAGAUGUGUUGCUUUCAGGAUGGGCAAUUGGUGCUACUCUCUGUGACCACCCGUGGGUCAGUUGCUAUAGAACAAUAACAGCACAAGACAUCUGUGCAGUUUUCAGAGUGUCACUAAGUCCACAGGUCCUACACGGUGCUAUUGCCCUAAGAGAAAUCUGAACUGAAUUUAUGCACAUAGAAUGGUCACCCUGACUUUGAAGCCUCGAACAUGGAUCAAAACUGUUGUAAAACAUCAAUAUAUGUAGCUGGAUGAGUGACUGGUUGCCCUUGUAUAAUAUGUGAUCUAAAAAAAUUGCUAAUCUUUCCCUGCCAUUUUUGAGAAACACAGUCCAAACAUGAUCAUAAACACAAAUUCCUGCAAUACAUCCCAGUAGGUUCACCUAGUUUACAACUUAAACUAGUUUGUGAAACAUGCGUCUGUAUACAUUUUAUAUUUUGUACAUUUUUGAUGUAACAUAUCAUGUAAAUAGGCAGAAACAGUGAAAUAAAUCAUCUGAAAAGUUUUGUAGUCUUUGUAAAGCCCCAAUAAUAAGUACUUGGUGUCAAUGGACUUAACUGGAUGAUGUAUUUUCUAUUGGUUUAUUGUUCCUCUAGCUUGUAAACCAGCUUGCAUAUAUUUUUUUGCAAAUGUGCACCCUGUAUCUGUCUAAAUUAUUACUUUGCCAUUAAAGUGGAAUUAUU